AUGAGUACAGCCUACCACCCCCAGUCAGAUGGAGAAACGGAACGCGUUAACCAAGAACUAGAAGUGUACCUCCGACUCUACUGCGGUAACAACCCCGAGUCAUGGGUAGACCAACUACCGGACCUCGAAUUCUGCCAUAACACACGCGAACACUCAGUGCGGAAGAUGUCGUCAUUCCGCAUGAUGAUGGGAUACGAACCACGCGGAAUCCUGUCGGUACUCCCUAGGAAAAUUGUACCCUCAGUCGAAACUCGGUUAUCUGAACUCCAGAAGAUUCGAGAUGAGGCCCUAGCCAUGCACGAGCUAGUAAGACAGCAUAUGGCAGAACGGAUCAGAAAAGGCUCACCACACUUCGCAAAGGGUCAGAAGGUCUGGCUCGAUACAAAGAACCUGAACAUCGGGUACCCAACACGGAAGAUGGCUCCGAAACGUGAAGGCCCCUUUAUUAUUGAAGAACGAAUAGGCCCCGUGGACUACCGCCUGACCCUACCACGAGGAUGGAGAAUCCACCCCGUAUUCCACGCCAGCCUUCUAUCACCUUACAAAGAAACGGAGAUCCACAGCCCAAAUGAUACGAGACCACCGCCUGACCUUAUUGAAGAGCACGAGGAAUACGAAGUCGAAGCAAUCCUAAACCACCGACAAAGAUACGGUUGGACCCAAUACCUGGUCAAGUGGAAAGGAUAUGCUUCUGCCGAGAACUCAUGGGAACCUGAAGCGAAUCUGACAAAUGCCAAGGGACUACUAGGGGAAUACAAAAGGCGACGAUGCCUGCGUCGUAUCUCAGCAAUCGCCCGCAUAGACCUUCACCACUUCUGA